CCCAGUCUACACACUCACAUGGCCGCUGACCCGCUCUCCUCGAUCGUCGCCGCACUCGAGCGCGAGCAGAUCAUCCCCGAUGUCCUCCCCGAGACGCUCGCCUUCACGCCCUCCGUGCUCUUCUCCGUAGUGUACCCCAACGGCGCGGAGGUCAACCUCGGGAACGAGAUGAUCGUCGCGGACACGCAAGACGAGCCCGAGCUCCGCCUUGCCGCGCUAAACGGCUCGUGGGACGACUCUGCGUCGGAGGUGUCGUACACGCUUGCUAUGCUCGACCCCGACGCGCCCUCCCGCGACGAGCCGAUCUACCGCACGUUCAGGCACUGGCUCAUUACCGGUCUCAAAUCACCGCCGGUCACCUCGAACGCGGCCCACGCGCUGAAUGCGCUCAAGUCACAUCCUGCGACGACGCCGUACCGCCCUCCGGGCCCGCGCCCGAAUUCGGGCUUGCAUCGCUAUAUAUUCCUGCUGUUUCAGGAGCCCGCAUCUGCAGAGCCAUUCGUCGUUCCCCAGGGCCAGCCCGAGUACGGUGCAGCGCUCGAGGAGCGCCGCAGCUGGAACCCCGUUACGUUUGCCAGCAAGUACGGCCUCAAGCUUGUCGGCGCGAAUUACUUCCUCGUCAGGUCGCCGGAGGUCGCGGUAGAAUGAAGAUAGUCAGUCGGGAGGAAAGCGUUCCGAAAUGACAGUGUACGACUAGCCUUGUCGAUUUCAUACCUCGCAACAUAGAGAUAUCCC